CCUACACUCUCAACAAUAGCUUCCUUCACGAAAUUGCUACAUAAUCCAGUCUCCUAAACCGUAACCGUUUUCUUUUCCAUCAGAGGAUCGCCUAAUAUAUUAAAUUCGUAGCUAUGACUACUACCAGAUCGCGCCGCUAUGCUUGUGAUCGGUGUCGGGCCCACAAACUUCGCUGUAACCGCGACCUAAUGGCUACGACCAACAGCCCCUGUCUACGCUGUAGGAAAGCUAAAGCCGACUGCUCCAUAGCUUCGGUUGUUCGUGUUGGUUCUUCUGUAGAUAUGUUUCCAGCUGAAAUGGAUGUAGUCAAUUCUACCCAAAACGGAGGUAAUGGCGACGGACUACAUGACCCUUCAAACCACAGCUCAACUACCGUGCAACAAAUAUGGAGACAUGCCGCUCCUGAUGUUUCGGAUGCUAUCCAUGACUCGCAGCCCACAUCUGUCUUUUGGCCGAAUCUAAAUCAAUCAACCUUUUUGCAAGGACAAGAAAUUUUUGAAGAAUCCAUGGACACUACUGCGCUGCUUCUGCCCGCUGUGCCUCUUAGCCUUCAAGAAGCUGGACCAACAUACAGCAGUGAUUUCAGCACUAACGAUUUGGGUGCCCUCCAAUCAACCAUUUUUGCUUUUCAUCCUGCCCAUGAUAUCAUAAUCGACCAAACACAGAACAAUUCCAAAAAUAACAUUCCCCUGCGCUCACUCAGCGGCCAAGAGGAUCUCUUUCCAGUGAUUUCAGAUCCAAACUCCCUAGUAAGCGAUAUUUCCGGGACACCGCCCUCUAACAUACCAACCGCUGAAUCUGGUGAUGGGGAGAAUCUGUCCCCGAUAGGGCUUAAAGAUGCCUGCAUUCAAAAACUAUCCGAUCUAAACGCUACCCUCAUGAAAGACUUCCACCGAGCAGAAAUUUUGAAGCAUUCAUGCACUUACCUCUUUGAUUCACCUGACAAAGUCAUGCCUGAAUACCUCCAUGCCACGCUAGAAAAGUCGGUGAUUGAGGAAGACAGUGUUGGAAACAUGCUUCGUGGAUCUGAGCAAUUUCUUGAAAUCAUUCGGCUUUGCAAACGAACCGCAGCACUUUCGCUAGAGUUGCCGCCAGAGGCAUAUCCAGAAAGUAAAGCCGCUCACGAGAACGGGCUUAAGGAUCCGGCUAUAGAACCAGAGAUUAGCCCCGAGGAACGUAUAGCAAGAAGAUGGGAAGUCCUACGAGCGGGGUUUCAUAGGUCAAAGGCACCACCUGCAAGUCUGCUAGCAACCUCCUCUUCCUCAAGCAGUUUGUUGACCCCUCCUGCGCUGAAACUAGACGCCCCUACCACCCUUACCAUUCUGUCUUGUUACACCACCCUUCUUAGAACUUACAAAACUUUGUUCUCAAUCCUUAGCGAUUUUUUUGAUUCUUCCUGUGCGUUUGCGGAAAUUCUCAAGUUACCUCCGCUCGUCAGUGCGUUGCAGAUUAACGGAUUCAUGAUUGGCGACAAUGGCUGCCUAUAUAUCAAAAUUUUACUGGAAACUAGUAGACACUUGCUGAACUCCAUUCAAAAGGCUUUGGAUGAAGUACUUGGAGAUAAAUUGGCUCAAUCUUUACUGGAAACGCUGUUGAAGCAAGAUGGAGUAGCCUUGUUGGAAGACAAUGAGGCUGGUAUGAAACCAGUUCGCGAAUUGUUUUCUAUCAUCGAGAAGAAACUGCGAUAGAACAUACAAGCAACUAAAUAGACCUUUUCCCCCUUUAUGACACAUCAAACUUAUAAUAACCUUCAUCCAGAAAGGUGUGCUAAUUAUUGCUACUAACAUCUAGAAAGGGGAGCUUGGGAAUCUAGGUCACAACCCGCUCCUCUUAACAUGUCAAACACCGCCUUUCAUAAAUCUCAGGAAGCUACCUGUUGGCUAUCAUUCUGUAUGCAAAUCUACAAAUAAAAUGACUGCAUUUGUCAUAAUAAAGUGAUUACACUCUGAAAACAUACAUGGAAUUUUCAAACCUGUCCAACGCAUUGUUGUGCAUAAAUAUCCUAGUUUCCUUCUUAUUUCCAAAGAAAGACUUUUGUUCCCAACGCCCGCCACCCUCAGCCCUUGAGGAUCAAAUCGACCUCAGGGUUUUGCCUUCGCAGCAAGUUAAGAAUUUCCUUCCAGCACUGGGUUCCUAACUUUUUUCCCUCAUCCGAGACAACAAGUGCAGCCGGCCUACUUAAAUGUUAGGAAAUUUCAUGCUUUCUUGAGAAACAACAAAUAUAUGCGAUCCACAUAUAUGCGAUCCACUCACUUGGCAAUUCUAUCAUGAGUCCAGAACCCACCAUGCCCUUCAGGCCCAAGUAAGGUCCCACUAACAAGAGUCCGACUACCUUCUUCUGUUGUCCUACCCAAUAUAGACCUAGAAAAGGUGUCUAUACCAUGUAACACGAAGCCCCAAUUGUCGGUCAGAUUUGACUUACACAUACUGGGGCAACAUGCGCUCACGAUCACUUGCUCGACGGGUACUUCGGCUGCAAUGUGAGUAGUUACCCACAUGGCAAGUAAUUUGGAGAUGCUGUAUUGGCUGCCGAUACCGAAGUGUUUUGGGUCGUUUAUCUUCUGAAGAAUGCUUGAAGGAUCGCGGACGUUCUUCACAUUUGCAUCCCCUUGGGCGCAACUAGCAACGAUCUCAAGAUGUGCCGCCCUACCGGUGGAUAAACCUGUUUCACGCAGUUUAGGGAGGAGAAGGAUCCCCAAGUAAGCCGUCGAUAUGGCGUUGACUUGGAUCGACAUUUCCCAGCCCUCCGUGCUCAGCUCGUAGGAUCGUUGGAAAACGCCGGCAUUCAGGACAGCGGCAUGUACAACGGUAAAUCUUCUAUUAACCUGCUGAAAGAAUUUUUCAAUAGAUUGAUACCUGGACAUAUCCAGCUCGAUUAAUUGUAUGACGCCCGCGCUGCAACCUGUCCUGGCUUCGAUCUUCGCCUUGGCCUGCUCCCCUUUUGGCAACGAACGGACACCGAGGAUAAGGUUUGAUGCACCUAAGGCUGCAAAUUUUAUCGCGGCUUCGAAUCCAAGACCCACAUUCGCCCCGGUAAUAAGGACGGUUUUACCAGCAAAGGAUGUUUUGGGAUCGGCUGGUGGGUUCCUUGCCGCCCACCAAUAAUUGCUCAAGGUCGGUUUGACUGGCACCGAAGUGAAGGCAUCGGCCAUGAUUCGGGGAUUAAAAGAAAAGAAUGAAAAAUCAAGAAUUAUCGUUAAUGAUGCCGACAAACGGAGGUAGUAGUACGGUUCCGGAAGUUUAUACCAAUCCCGCUCAACAAGUGUAUCACCUCCUUGUCAUUCCAGUUCAGGUAUGUAGAGACUGCAGUGUAAUAUAUCAACUUGAUGCUCUAAGGAAUGCUAUAUAUACUGUUAAGCAACGCAUUUCAACACAUAUCCUUAUCCGAUAUGCCGAACCUGGCACCGAACUUUUCUUUCGGAAUUCCGAAGAGAUACAUGAACAUGUCCGAAUCAUUUUCGGGGAUGCUUCCAGAAAUGUCGGGGAAAUCUUUGUAUGGCAGCGUACUCCGCUUCUUCCUAGCACACAGAGGUCUGUCCCUAGCCAAAGGAGGUUGAGAGGUCCACUGGUGGCCGAUUCGUUCCUCUCCUGAGGUAGGGCUUCCUGGCCACGUGAUAUAAAUAUCCAGCAUCCCGACUCAAAGUUCCAUAUUGAGAGAUGUAAAUAUACCCCUUCGUUCCGAAUCAAUAAAACCUGGACGAUAUGAGGUACUAUUGAAACGGCAUGCAAUAAUCCUGAAAGAUGAUUGGGAAGUUUCCUUCUCAACUUUAUCAAUUCAGCCAUUAUUCCGCGAGAGGAUACUAUUGGUGGUUAUUUCCUGAAGCGGGCAACCAUCGAGUCGUCUCUAAAAUAAACGAGCCAAAGCAACAUAUCAACAUAUUUCGACCUUGAUGAAUCGCGAGCAAUCUGAAAUUAGAUAACUACCAAAUUACGUACGCUUUACUUUGACAUGCAACUACAUGGAACCUCGCGGAGCGGUGUUUUCUUGUUUCUUCAUAACCAAAACCAGCGCCUCUUACAUGCUUCAAUAUUUUUAUGAGCUAUGGUACGGAGUAGUCUACUCUGUACCGUUUUGCAGGAAAAGCUCUCGUAAUGAUGGCAAAAACCUCGCAACAAUACAACAAACCUAGAAACUCUUGCGCCUUGAGGCGACCAGAAACGCCCCUGUUGCAGGUUCGCUGAGCGUCUGAGCGUUCCAAUCCUCAAUCCAGCAGAUAUCUGUCAGUCAAGAAAGUCCGACCAAUCAUGCGGGGUCCAAGAAUUGUCAACAAAAAAAAAAAAAAAAAAAAAAAAAAAAAAAAGCUCCACUAUCCUGCUCCUCUCCCCAAGUUACCUCCUCUUCUGAACUAAUACCACUCGGGCGGCACAGUGUGUUUCUCCACUCCAGCCGUCUCUUAGUCUUGCUUUAGUUACUCUUCCCCCUGGUUUACGUUCAUUCUUUUUCUUGCAAAUAAUGGGUCCGAGCAAGUCGUCUUUUUCGAUGCAAGCCCUGCGCAGCGCCGCUAACAGGGUCUUUCCCCGCCCCCUUUUCCUUGGUCAGUGGCACGAUUGACAAGGCCUGUAUCUGCGGACGAAUCCAAUGGCCCUCUUAUUCCCCCACACCACCCCAAGUUCGCUGCAUUGAUGCUAGGCUAUGCUUAAAUCCUGCGCUCGGCCCAUCACACGUGGCGUGAGCAUGAGCCCUGGCCCCUUGGAUUCCCCUGUUUCCGGGAAUGUUCGCGACAAAUCACCCGACGCACGGUGUCACUUCCACGAACCCCGUAGUUGCGCCACCGACUCUCAUGGCCUGGAUUGAGGAGAGGAGUUAGUUGGAUUGCCACCGACGAGUCCGUGAAGCUGCAUGGGUUGAGAGAUGGGGAUAUCGAGGCCGAACCGCCCCUAAUCAUAAUCUAAACUCCUUCGUCGCGUGAGAAAAACGGAACCAAAUUUCGAGGCACUCAGCCCCUCAAUUUGAUUCGCACCCGCAUCGCAUCAAGCGGAGAGACGACCCCGAAUUCCAACCUUUGGAAGUUCUGAUCGCAUUCAACGAUCUGGCGAAACCAGGAGCCAGCCGCCGAAUAAAUCCGAAUCUGCGGGCAAACACGCCACGACAAAAUGGUUUGGAGAUGUGAUGUGGUCUGAGUUAAUCUUAACUAUUUUAGUGAGCAAAGGGGGGAUCCGACGCGGCCCGAGCCCCCUCCCACAGCGAUCUAGUGGCGUCUUGCGUACGUUGGCUGGUCUUUUCUUUCUCCAUUGGUGGUAAAAAAAGAAGAGCGAGGGGUUUGUAUAUGAAUACUGACCACACAACCUUAUUUUGGGUACUGUGUAAUGUUAUUACCCCAUGUGACCGGAUGGAUAUUCCUGGGGAAAGCCUGGUCUAAUUUAGCUUUGACGCUUAACUACAACUUUCACACACGCUGGUAGAAUCCAUUUUUGAAAAGAAAGGAAACAUGGCUUAAAGAACAGGGAUUGACCCCAUCCUGGGUGUGAGUGAGUGAGUACGCCGAAGCAUCGGGCUCCUCCUUCACAGCUCGCCUCCUUUGGAAGAUCAUAUGUUGACUUAUUUCUGUAAUUAUGAACAUUGCCACUUACGUAGUGUAGACGUCCCACUAUUGAGUAUAGUAGAGGGAUGUAAUUCAGCCUUGUACUCUGUACCGAUGCAUCAUCAGGCCCUGAACUGCUGCGCGCUAUCGAGCAACUUGAGUUAAUGCACGGAGUACGUACAGUCAGUACCAGCUACCUCGCUUCUAGGAGAUAAGACAGGGAAAUGACUUCACUCACUUGCCAUCUCUUUUCGCUCAGCCAUUUCGGAGAUGCAGGAAGAGGCUGCGCUCAUCAUGCAACCUAUUAUUAAUAAUUGGCAUGUAUUUUGCUGUUCGUACGCUAAACUUUUGCAGGGGUUGGAGCAAAAAACGUGGCCUGGAUAGGGUCAGCAGCAGCCUUCCAUCAAAUCCUCUCGUAUUUGAAGGUUUCGUUUUAGGCUGGGUGGGAUCAUACUGCUGUGUCCUACGAAUUAAUAAUAAUAUUUAAUAAU